AUGUCAGAAAAAAGUUCGAAACCAUCGCCGCUGUUAAUUCCUCCUUCAAAUAAAGGUUAUCAACUUUUAACUAGAAUAGGUUGGCGUGAUGCUGCCCUCGAUCCAGAAUAUGAAGAACUGAAAACUUCGAAAGUACAGUCUGGCAUUUCAACUAACGAGUAUAAAUCACAUUUCUGCAUUAAAAACGGUGGUUUGGGUGCUUCCAGACCAGGUCGACGCUUUCCUGUAGCAACCGUUUUAAAACGCGAUCGUCUCGGUUUUGGAUGGCCAAAUAAAACAAAUACUGCAAGAAUUACACAUUUCAGCGCAGGUGAUUCAAAAGCAGUUGAAUAUCCCAAAGACGUGAGACGACUUCGUCACUCAUCCAUUAAAAUGGACUCGAAAUAUAUGAUAAGAAAAAUGAAUUUAGAAAAGAAGAAAGAACGUAUUAUAAGACAAGGGUUUAAUUUGACUGAUGAACAGUUAGCUUUGCUCUAUGACAAAUAA